CGACGACAUAAUAUUGAAAAAAUAAGGGUGUCCGUUGGAAUAUUCCCUGUUACAAUGGGCGAUAUUAUCGUUAUAAAUAACACAUCUGUGAAUAUUACUCAAACGGUGUAAAAAUCUUCACCAUUUAGAGAUAUACUCUACAGAAGUAUCCUUCAAUAUGUAUAUGGCGUUUUAUCCGCCAAUUCGCUCUACAACUAAAAUCAAAAUUUGUAGCUAUUAGUCACGCUGAACACUCGAACAUUCAUGUAUUUUAUACGUUAAAGUACCAUUUGUCAAACUUUGUUCGCGACGGAAUGAAGAUCAACAUCAACAUAUGUUCAUGAUGGAUUAGAAAAACUGAUUGUAUGGGCUAAACGACUUGCAAGAACAUGUUAAAAUACUCUGAACCAAGCGGAAAAUGAGGAGCUCUUAAGCUCUGAAGGAGAAACGAUGAAGCUAAUGGCCAAUGGCAUUUUCCAGAAAUCCAGGAAAUCUCCUGCAGCCCGAAAUUAUUUGGACACGACCCCCUGAUCUCAAUGCGAGCUUGUGAAUAUACUCGGAGCUCGAAGUCGAAGGUGAGAGGACCACUGAGGAUGGGGUAUAAGAUGACAAUGAGUUCCGGUCUUCAUGACAGCUCUUUGCGUCCGGCAGGUGACGAUGAGACACUUGGAAGCGGUCCGCUGCCGCCAAGUGGCGGACAUGCGAGGAACUGGAUGCAGUACAAUAUAACAGCACGGAAACUGGAACGCUCUUUUCCAACUCUGCCAAUUGCCCCCGAGAGACCUGAACGAGGAUGAUCGAGAUCAGAACUGUGGAAUUCUUCGUGUUUGGCGUAGCUCCUGAUAUUCAGCUGUGAUAAUUCCGAUAGCAGAGAGUGGGACGUCUGAAAAUCGAUCGCUCUCGAAGGUGCCACGGAGUCUGUAGACAGACAGGAAGGGCAGGGCAGGACAGGACAGGACGCGAGGCGGUAGAGGAUCUGAAAUGGCUCAGGAAUCGACGCAGCCAAACAAGAAGAUAGAUGCGAAGGAGGAUUUGGUAUUCCUGACCUCCGGGGCGAAGGAGAAGCUGUCGAAGACCAUCGUGGGAGCUUCUGAGACUGCGUAUAAGAUGUUGCAUCCCUUCAACAAGGAGGGUCGCGAUCAGGCCACCGAGAAGGCCAAGGAGCUGAAGCGGGAAGUCUCCAAUAAGCAAUCGCGCAUCCGAGCCACGGCUCACCAGCAAGCCGAGCAAUCACGCCUGGAAACUGCGCAACAGCAAGAGGCUCCUCUGUGUCCUAUCUCCAGUCCACAAUCCGGCAUGGAAUCGGGCCCGGAUCAGGAGCAAGCUUCUGCUGCUCCUUACGAUCAUAUGAGUCCUUCUUCGGCCCAGCCUUCACAAGUGCAGAACGUGGUCGCUCAUGAGCGCGGAGUUUCAGUCGAAUCUUGCUCCUCGAGCUCGAGCUCCGAUGGUUCUAGUCGAGCUGGAAUCGCCCCAACAGCUGCAGAUUACAGAUCCGCCUGAUUUGGACAUUCAUCUCGAUUCCACGUAAAGUUGCCGGCACCGGUGUAAAUAAUUAAAAAGGCUUGUUGAAGCCUGCUGCAAUGAUUGCCAGACUUGAGUGAUUGAUCAUAAUGUCAACCUGGAUCUUCUGUUCAUAUCGCUUGAACUCUUUAGAAGUGAUUUACUUCAGACGACGUCUGAUCUAACACAUACUCUGAUCACUAGGAAGACGAGACCAGUAGCCGUUCUUCUUUCUGUUAGGUGUACGCAGUUUGCAUCGUUUUCAUCAAUCAUUACUGUCAAUACCAUGUGUAAACGUCG